CACCUAUGUCCACUCAAACAUUUCCCCAACCCAGUGAAUUUACAAAAUCAUUCACUGCCUUUCUCCGUUAUUAGCAUUAAUGCCAUUUCUGUCUAGAUUUUGAAACCCACACAGUAGCCGACUCUUGCCCGAGUAAACAAGCAACAAUUUUCUCGCAGUUUCCUUCACUUUCCUGGAAAAUUUCUAAUCUGAUUAAUGUCAAAUUAUAAUAAUAAGCAAGGCGAAGAAUUUUAUCGAAGUCUUUCGAGGAAAGAGCUUCAGAGUUUGUGCAAGAAAUAUGGAUUGCCUGCUAGAAAGUCAAGUUCUGAAAUGGCUACAUCCUUGUGUUCUUACUUUCAGAAGAAGGAUUUAAGUUUGAUAUCCUCAUGCAAGAGCGUAAAUGCAGUGCAAGAGGUUUUACUUUCUCCAUCUUCAUUAUUGCAGGUUCAAGCACCAGUAAAUUUGAUAGGGCAUGUUAUAAAAGAUAACUUUCGACUAAGAUCUUGUCCUAGAGAGGAAGGUAGCAAAGGAAACAGAAACAUCACAGGCAAUGAAUUGGAAAGUUGCUUGGAACAUAGAGCUUAUAAUAAGGAAGCUUGUGGGCAUUCAAUUGAUUACUUUCAAGGGGCAUCACAGUCUUUGUUCAUUUCUCGAUGUGCUGGGAAUGAUGUCAUCUAUAAGGAGCCCUUGUCAAUCCUUAAUGGCAGGGUGGAAGAUACACCUCAAUGUUGCUGCAGAAACAUAAAUAUAGGUGUCUGUCCUAAAGAGAAUAUCUCUUCUGCAAUAAGAACUUAUACUAAAGUUCCUGCCUCUUUUGAGUUCUACGUCAAUUCAGAGGAAGGAAUCAAACUGUGUGUUGAUUUAAAUUCAAGUCCUUCAGACUGGAUUAAGAAAUACAACAACCAGAUUUCUUUAUGUAAUAAUGUGGGAAAUGCCAAGUCCCAAAGUCUUCAUCAAGAGCUUGGGCGCAUUGAAGAAAGUAAUAAACAAAUGAGAAGUUCCAUUACUGCAAGUGUGGAUCCUGGUCAAAUCAAUGAUGACCAUAUACAAGCAGAACUUUCGCCAAGUUUUAAUUUAGAAAAGAACAAUAUAGGCAUUGAUCUUCCAAAUGGUGGAAAUAAGUCAUCAGUGCCGUCACCAGCAAGACUAUGCAGUGUAGUUCAUGCAGAGGGAUCAGGCUGCAUAGAGGAAGACGAGGGACUUAUCGCACCUAAACCUAGUUCUGGUAUGCAGAAGCAAAUAAUUUCUAAUACAGAAUCCUGCAGUAAAAUUGGCUCUACUGCUAGUUCUGAUUUGCAGAAGCAAAUACAUUUUAAUACAGACUCCUGUACUAAAAAUGGGUCUAGUGCUACUAUUGAUUCAGAUGUUAUGGAUACUCCAACAGAAAAGACAGCUUGCAAUUUUGUUGUUAGUUCCAUAUCUGAUGGCUCGGUUAAUCUAAAUGCAAUUGAGCGUCAAAAUUCAAAGCAUGAUGAUGAAGUUUGCAAAAAUUCGAAGCGGCAGAACUGUAGUAAUCUUGAGAAUAACUGUGUUAUGCUUCCUGGAUGCAUCGCCAGUUGUUCUGCAGAAAUGCAAUUGUCUGAAGCUGGGAAUUACUGCAAAGACACUUCAUGUUCACCUAAUAAAAAUGGUGAAUUCUUGGAUCUCGAUGAUUCAAAGAACAAUAUAGGAACUGAGCAAGCUGCAUUAGCCACCUCAAGUGAGAAUAACCAUUGUGGGAGCCAUUUGCCUUCAUGCUCUGAAGAGCGGGAUUCAAGCAACAUUGCUAAUGGGAGGGAGAGUUCAGUAUAUGUCCAUUUCAGAGGCUCACAAGUUGACAACUCAGAUGAGAAGACUUGUUUAAAGUAUGAAAAUCAGGAGUCAAAUGAAGAGUUUUCCAGAAAGAGGCCAUUUGUAGACAGUGAAAGUCAAAACAGCUACAGUAAGCGUGAUGCAAAAAUUUUAAGAAGCAUGAAGCAUUCUAUUAUUGGAGAAGUUCUUCCCAGAAGGUCCUUGCGGCUUGUCUCUAAGUUUAUGAGCUGUGCCUUACCACUCUUUCCCGAGUGUAUUGGGAGUCAAACCAUUCCACUUCCAUAUGGGGCUGAAACGAUGGGUACUCAUCCUUGUUGAGCUAUUGACUCUGAGACCAUGUAUUUAAGAGUUAGGGAGCCCAAAACAGCUGUGAGUUAAUGAAGUAAAUGCUAGCAACGGUCCAAGAGAUGGUUGCAUUAUGUAUCUUCAUUCUUUGAUCCUAUCAAAGGCUCUACAUUCUUUCCGAGAACAAUAUUGACAUAAUAGAAUUUACAAGAUAUUCUACAAGGUAUUGAAGGCCUUAUAAUAGUCACAAAAGCUGAUAUGAUUUGAAUAUACAGUAUAACCAUCAUAGGUUAGCAGUUGCUGAUGUUUCAGUAAAUUAUUUGUAUCCCAUCUAUAUUCAUAUAUUAUAUAAUAUAUGUACUUUUUUGAGUGA